GCAAAUUAGAUUUCAUGAAAUCUAAGAAUGGUUGGAAAGUAUCUUAUUAGUUAAACUAGUGUUUUUAAAGAUGGAGCCAUCGAAAGAAGCGAUAGCCGUGCGAAUAACACGGUUGAACCGCCAAAUUUUAGGCAAAGUUACCAGUGGCGCAAGUAAACUCAGUAAAAAGACUAUUGACCGCGAAGCUCUUUUGGAUGCUCUUACCGUUCUAUAUGACGAAUGUAAUGAUGAUCCCGUCAAAAAGAGUGACGAGCUAGUUCGGGCUUUCGUAGACAAAUAUCGUAGCACUCUUGCAGAAUUGCGUAGAACUCGGGUGUGCUAUUCUGACUUUGAGAUAUUGCAAACUAUUGGUAGAGGCCAUUUUGGAGAGGUUCAUUUGGUACGAGAAAAAGAGACAAGUGAUGUCUACGCAUUGAAGACAUUAAGGAAGGAACAGACACGUAAAAGAAUUAUCGGUACUGCAGAGGAUGAGAGAGAUGUAUUGGCUAAUGCAUCAGGACCAUGGAUCCCAAAACUACAGUAUGCAUUCCAGGACAACAGCAAUCUGUAUCUAGUGAUGGAAUUGUGCUCUGGUGGAGACUUAGCUGGUCUUAUGGCACGUCGUAACCAUCCACUAUCUGAACGUGAUGCUGGCUUCUAUGUAGUAGAGGUAGCACAUGCACUGAAGUUCCUACAUGGCAUGGGCUACGUCCACAGGGAUAUCAAACCACACAAUAUACUAUUGGACAGAUGCGGUCACGUGAAACUUGGCGACUUCGGUUCUUGCGCGCGGCUCUCGGAGGGCGGCUGCUCCUCGUUGGCAGUAGGCACGGCGGACUACGUGGCGCCGGAAUUGCUGGCGGCGGCGGACUGCGCUCGCCGACACACUGUCUGUCUCCAGUACUGCCGCGGCAUUGUUACCACCGCCAUUGUGGGUUCGCACGAGAGCUUGCUCGUACCGAUCGGCUGA